AUGCGCAGUCCAUCAGACGAUGUACCUCAGAACGAAUCAUGCCAAUCGCAGAGUCAAACCUCUUAUUUUUCGCAUUCCAACUCAGUGAAUCUUUUGCCUGCCAACUCCACAGUUUUAUUGGCUACUGCUCAAGUAGACAUCCAAGACGCUUGGGGUAACUUUCAGAAAGUUCGAGUUUUAUUAGACGCCGGUUCUCAAAUUAAUAUCAUAUCCCAAUCUUGUGUUAAUAAGUUAGGAUUGCAAAUUUCAAAGACUGCACUUUCAAUUACUGGCAUAGGGGAAAGUUCAUCUACUGCUUCUGGUAGCACUGUCUGCUCUAUUCGCCCUACAGGUCAGAUCAAUUCAUCUUUCACCUUUGACGCUGUAGUUCUCCCAAAAAUUUGUACACAAAUGCCGACCUCUUUAGUCCAAUUUUCCAAUUGGAAAUGCAUCUCCAACAAAAAAUUAGCAGAUCCUGAAUUUUCUACUCCACAUUCUGUGGACAUUCUUCUUGGUGCAGAUAUUUUCCCACUUGUACUCAAGGACGGUCGAAUCAAAGGCAACGGUUCGGAACCUACAGCCCUAGAAACUGUUUUCGGUUGGGUUUUCAUGGGGCGAAUUCAGUCUCCUAGUCGCUCAAUGAAUUCAUUUCAUUUGUCUUUAUGUGAUUCUUCUUUGAAUUCCACAUUAAAGAGGUUCUGGGAACUCGAAGAGGUGCCAACAACAACAUCCUCUUCACCAGAGGAUCAACGUUGUGAACAACUCUUUGUUGAAGGUCAUUCGAGAGAUGCUUCGGGACGAUACACGGUUGCAUUGCCAUUUGAAAGUGGCAAAUGCGUUUGUUUUGGGGAUACAUAUUCUUUAGCUCUGCGUCGUUUUCUGUCGCUCGAACGUAGACUUAUAAGAACUCCAGAAGUUUACCAGGAGUAUUGUCAUUUCAUGAAAGAUUAUUUGAGUAGUAAUCAUAUGUCGUCAGUAAUCACCGAUGUCGAAACUGAAAAUAAUUUCUAUAUCCCUCAUCAUUGUAUCAUCAAGCCUGAUAGUGCGUCGACUAAGUUACGAGUAGUGUUCGACGCAUCAGCUCACCUUCCAGGUAAAUUGUCCUUGAAUGAUGCUCUCUUGAUUGGUCCUAAAUUACAGAAAGAUAUUUUUGUAAUUCUGUUGAAUUUUCGUGUCCACACUUUCGUUUUCACGGCCGAUAUAAAACAGAUGUAUCGUCAAAUCUUGAUUCAGCCCUCACAUCGUGAUUACCAAAGAAUUCUUUGGAGGUUUUCUCCGUCAGAGCCUAUCGGUGCAUAUCGAUUAAACAGUGUUACCUACGGAGUUGCGCCUGCUCCUUUUCUUGCUCUUAGAACUUUGUCUCAACUAGCUGAGGACGAAGGAGCCUCUUUCCCAAAUGCUUCCAAAAUCCUGCUCAGGGAUAUUUACGUGGACGAUAUUGUCACUGGCUGUGAUGAUCUCGAACAGGCCAAAGUUUUGGUGGAUGAGUUGAUAUCAUUGUUGGAAUGUGGUGGGUUUGAGCUUCGCUUGCAAUGGGAUGAUUCUCUCCCAGUGGAGGUAAACAAUCGCUGGAAUCAGUGCAAAUCUGAAUUGCACGAACUAGCAAAGCUCAAAAUUCCUAGACUGUUGGCAUCAGGUUCCUAUUCACGAUGCGAACUCCAUGGCUUCGGAGACAGUAGUGAACGAGGUUAUGCUGCUGUCAUUUACCUUAGAUUUUUCUAUCCCAACGGAUCUGUUGGUACAUCAUUCGUAUGUGGCAAAUCGAAGGUUUCUCCGGUAAAGAGAAUUUCAAUUCCUAGAUUGGAACUCUGCGCCUGUCUUCUCUUGUCUAAACUCAUUUCCUUAGUUCUCUCGAUCUAUUCAUCCGCCUUUCAGAUAAGCAAAGUUUUUGCCUGGUCCGAUUCCACAGUCGCUCUGACAUGGAUCAGAUCCUCCCCUCAUCGAUGGAAAUCGUUCGUCAGUAAUCGAACGACUCAGAUUCAGGAAUUGGUUUCGCCAGAACUCUGGUAUCAUGUCAAAUCUAGGGAUAACCCCGCUGAUUGUGCUUCACGUGGUUUGACGCCAGUUGAACUUCUGAAUUGUACAUUAUGGUGGGCGGGACCAUACUGGCUCCGUUCAGAGGAAACCACUUUCGAUCGCAGAGAAAUGGAAAGUGAUCAGAAUCUCGUGAGGGAGGAAGAGCGUCACAUUUCUUUGCCCACAUUUGUCUGCUCGCAAUUUGUACCUGAGUUGCUUUCGAAGUUCUCGUCGUUGUCCAAGAUUCAGCGUAUAGUGGUUUACGUUUUCAGAUUCGUUCAUAACCUGAAAAACUCCAAGUCUCGUAUAAAUGGAAUUGUAUCAUCGAUGGACCUCAAACAUGCUUUCACCUUCAUCAUCAAGCAAGUACAGCAAUCUGUGUUUCAGGCAGAUAUUGCUAAUAUUCAGAAUGAAAAACCUAUUUCGAAGGGUCUUCAGUUUACCAUCAUCCAGGUGCCCAAACUCUACAAUUUCUCCUUACUCAACAAGUUUGGAUAUUGUCCGCUCGAAAAGCGAUAA